UAUGGUUUUGUUUGCAAUAGUAAAAAGUGCUAGAUUGAGAAGCUUGACCAACUUUUUCCUUGCCAACCUAGCCGUAGCGGAUUUCUGGAUUGGUGUGUUUUGUGUAUUGCCUAACCUGUCAACAUUCUUUUCUCAAAAAUGGAUUUUAGGAAGGGCGAUGUGUAAGAUAUAUUAUUUUGUCUGGAAUAUGUCGUACACGGCGUCAAUUGUUAUUUUGACAGCCAUUGCAACGGAAAGAUAUAUCGCCAUAAGAUUCCCGUUGAGAGCUAGAAGAUGUAUUACUCAAAAACGGCUGUUUCUGGUACAAGCAAUAAUAUGGAUGAUAGCAGCAGUAUAUGGAACGCCAUAUUUAUUCAUAUUUGACUUAUAUGAGAUGCCUGGAAUGGAUGGUGAAAUAACAUAUUAUUGUUUUCCAGAUUAUUCGCGUAUUAAUAUGAAAGCACUUGUAACGGCAAAUUUCAUCAUUUGGUAUGUCAUUCCACUGGCAUUAAUGUCCUAUAUGUAUUGUAGAAUUGGAAUAUCUCUUUGGAAAGUCAGUAAAACACCACGCACUCCAAAACCUUCGAAACAGAUAGAAAUGCCAGCUGAAGAUUCCUAUUAUACAACGUCAUCAUCUGAUGGUCAAGGUCGAAAACGUUCUCUUCGAAUGCAUAAAAUGUCGUCUAUAUGUAAUCACAAAGAACAAAAAGAUAAAUGUCUAUACUGUAAACCCCAAAACCAACGUAAUUCACUGAAGGAAAGCACAAAACGCUGUUCUUGUGAAAAAGUCGAAUCUGAAAGGAGUUCCGCAUCCUCAUCACAAAUGGUUGAUAUAAACACGAACCACUCCCGUUUUAAUUGUAACAAUGUCGCAUUUGUAGAGUAUAAAACCCGAGAGACUAAGAAUGUCCCGAAACUUCGUGUUUAUUUCAACACAGAACAAACCCGAAUGAACAGCAUAAGAGCAGUAAGGAGUAGAAGACGCGUAAUAAGACUCCUAGUUGCCGUGGUGAUAUCUUUUACUGUGUGUGUUCUCCCUCAUCAUAUAAGAAUUCUCUUGUUAUUUUGGAAAGUGCCUAUGUAUGACCUCGAACGGGUUUUAUCUCCCGUUUCAUUCCUAAUAUUAUAUUUAAAUAGUGCAUUAAAUCCAAUUUUAUACGCACUAUUCUCAGCAAACUUUAGAAAAAGUUUUAAAGAAUCAUUUCCAUGUCGUCGUAGGAGGCGACCAUUACCAUUCUUCAUACCGGAUACAAGGAGUGGAAGCUUUUAGUUUUUUUUUGUGUUUUUGUUACUGUCUAACAAACAUGUUAUCGCGCCUCCACUUCGAUGAGAACUAAGUUGUCAAAAGGGAUGGUUCCGAGGUAUUUGUGAAACAUGGACAUACAUAUACUUGAUGGAGAGUUGUCUCGUUGGCACUCAUACCACAUCUUCCUAUGUCUAUUGUAGAUAUGUUUUUAAUGUUACAACAUUGAUACGAUAUUGUAACCUAUGAUGUUCACUUUUAUCCAGUUGACGAUUUAAUAAAGAAUUAGAAAAGAGAAAAGGAAGAUGCCACAAGGAUAUAUAAAUCAUAAGUCGAAGACAAACUGACAAUUCCAUGGCAAGAAACGACUUAUUAGUUUGAAUAAGCCUUUGGUAUAUCAUCUUCAACCUGUUUAUUAGUGUAUGUAUCAUCAGUCUAUAUAUAGAAUGAAGUUUAACGUUAACACGUAGCACAUAUCUAUUUUAAUGUCUGUAAACGUUAAACGUUUGCUGUGUCCAGCAGAACAUGGUUACAACAAUGCGAUGUGAACUCUGUGUGGGAUGAGGCUCAUAUUGUAACUCAGUGAUAUUUAAAAUUCUCUCUUUUGAAAACAAAAGUUUUGUAGGAUAGAAAUUAAAAUACGCCC